AUGGAUAACUCUAAACCUAAACAAAAAACUUUAACCUCAUUUUUUAGUGCGUCGGUGAAACGUGAACUAAACACGUUAGGCCUACCUAAAGGAACCAAGCAAGAUAAAUCCAAUGUUGUUUCGGUUGAUGAAUUAGCGAUUGGAAACUCUUUAAAUAAAAACGAACAAAUAAGUGAACCCAGCACAUCAACGAAUAAGGAAAAAGAAACAAAAUGGCCUGACGUUUGGACAGAAGAGAUGUGGACUCGUAAGAAGGAAACUUAUCCUUGGAUAGAUUGCAAAGAAGGUAAAUUAGGCUGCAAAGUUUGUUUUGAAGUCACAACUAUGGGUGCUUUUAAGAAAGAACACGUUUCUUUAAGUCAUGAGUGGCGCACAUUUCAAGUUAGCUGUUACGGCUCAAACCGAACUAACCAGCUCAAAUCACUUAGAAAAAAAAUUAUAGAGCACAAACAGUCCAAAGCACAUAGUACUGCUCAGGCCAUUGUUGAAUCCUCUCAUAAAAAUCCUAUUACGCAAUUAGUUGAUUCUGCAAAUACAGCUCACAUGGAAUCAACUAAAGCUAUUUUUAGGUCAGCUUACUACAUAGCUAAGAACGACCGACCAUAUAACGAUCAUUUCGGUUUAUUAGAACUUCAAAAACUAAAUGGAGUAGAUAUCGGUGUAGGCCUUCAUUCAAGAUACAGUGCUGUAGAAAUUAUUGAUCAUAUAUCAAAAGAGAUGAAGUUAAGAAUAUUGAAUAAGGUUAAGGAAGUUUCUGGGAAAAUUUCUAUCAUUAUUGAUGAAUCCACCAGCAUAAGUUCAAAGUCAGUACUCAUAAUUUAUUUGAAGUGUGAAAUAAGUAAAUAA